GUCACCAAACCAGGGCUCCGGCGGAGCACUCUGUAACACACACAGACACACACUCUCACAAGUGUUCCACUGACAGUCGGACGCUGAAGUCCUGCUUCGUUUUAGCGCACAAGGAGUGACAGAAGGACCUUUGCAAGAGGACUCACCUGUUCACAUCUCUCUCUCUCACUCGCCAACCAUGAGGAGGGGAAGCUACGACGAUGCAGCUGCCUCCAUCCGACCUCAUCUUCGCAGCCUGGCACAGAGACGCCGAUCUGCCCCAUCCCUGGUGUUUGGGAGAGCCCUUGGAAUCCCUUGGAACCCUAUCAGGGAGGAGGUGGCCGUGGCAGUGGAGCAGUGUCCGUUUGUGCUGGGGUUGUCCGGUGACGGCUCCCCUCUGGCCCUGGACGCCUGCGUGCAGCUGACCGAGGGUCAGAAGACCCGCGAGAGACACCUCUUCCUCUUCAACAAGGAGCUUGUCAUCGCCAAACUCAAGUCAAGUGCGAGCUACCGCUUAAAACAUCGCCUGAGUCUUGCGGAGCUUUGGCUCUGCCCUUGCGAAGAUGAUGAUGAUGAGGACGAGGAUGAAGAGCCCAUGGACUUGGACCUCAAAACUUCCCUGGUGCUUGUGUGGCCACUGGCAUUCUGUGUGGUGACAUUUUGCUCGCCUGAGGUGAAAGACCGCUGGGUAGAGACCUUACACAGAAAGAUCACCGAAGCGCAAGAGGUGUUCGGCUUCAGCUCUCCUCCUCCGAGCAUCCUCAUGAAGGUUUUGAGUGUGAACAGCAUGACUAAAACUCUAACAGGCGGAGGCACGGAAGCAAACAUGGACGCUCCUUCUGAGGGCAACGGCAAAGGCUCCGCCCAGCAGAGGCAGUUAUGUAACAAGGAGGACGCAGGGAAGCAGCCCAUUGGUCAUGGUGCUAGUCUUUGGAUGAAGCUGAGGAGAUCCUCCACGCUCAGUGGCUCCGCACCCCGCAUCGACCCCAACCCCAGCAGCCUGUUUGGGCAGCCCCUCUCCAAAAUCUGCCUGGAGGACGGCAGUCUCCCCACACCCAUCACAGAGAUAUUUCAGCUCUUGUGGAGGAAGGCCCCGGCUACAGAGGGGGUCUUCAGAAAGUCGGGGAACAGUGGCGGCCUGAAGACCAUCCGUGAGCAACUCAACAGCGGAACCGGGGUGGACAUGGACGCCCUGCCUGUCACACAGCUGGUCGGAUUGCUGAAGAGCUUCCUGAAGGAGCUCCCUGGUAGUCUGCUGGUGGCUGACAGAUAUGACCAAUGGAUCAGUGCAGUGGAGAAGGAGGAGGAGGAUGAGAAACUGACAGAGAUCAAGAGCGUGAUUCAGUCCAUCCCUGAGCCCAAUGCCCUCCUCCUGCGGUAUCUCCUCUGCGUGCUGCACCACAUCAGGCAGAACUCGGACGUCAACAAGAUGGACGCCAGAAACCUGGCGGUGUGCAUCGCCCCCUCGCUCCUCCACAAGACCAACGGGAGCCCGACGCAGGACAUGCUCGUUCAGCCGGAGGAGGUCAAGAAGGUGAAUGGCCUGACACAGUUUCUGAUCGAGAACUGCUGCAGCGUGUUUGGUGAAGGUGUUCUGACCCUGCUUGGUGAUCCUGAUGAGGAGGAACUGGCCGACAGCACAGAUUCCAUGUCUUCACAUCAGCAUGACUCAGCCUAUGACAGCACCGACCCCGAUGCCGACGGCGACGCCAGGGAAGGGUCUCCGGUUGACCGCGGGACGGCCCAUCGCUGCCAAGCCGGCUGUGCGGCUGGCCACCGGGUUCAGUGCUCCAUGGUGGCCUCAAGCUCCUCGGACGGCAUCUUCACGCCAUUCAGCAGCACCCUGAACCGCCGCUGCUCCGAGCCAGCCAUCUUUCCAUCCUCCGCGGUGGUGGCCGCCUGCUCGCGCUCCCUGGAGCAGGGCCUGGCACGUAGCCACGACGACUGCUCCGCCGACGCACAGGGCGACUUCCAGGGGCUGAAGAAGCAGACGUCGGACGACUCCUUCCUGCUGACCAGGCGGGCCGAACGGCGUCUGCCGUCCUCCUCCUCGUUCGGCAAGCUGGGCGGGAGCUUGACCGCAGAUCUCCUCCUGCUGCGGGCCAGCGCUGACCGCCGGGCCUCCGCGGCCUGCUCGUGCUCCUCGUCCUGCUCGCUGGAGAGCGCCGCGUCCAACGUCUCCGAGGGUUCCGUCUUCACCAGCUCGCCGCUGGCCUCCCCGACCGCCCUCAGGAGGUCCCACUCCACCAAGCACCAGGCGGCGGCGGCGGCGGCGACGGCGUCCUCAUCCUGCCGGUCACUGUCGGUGUCCUCCAAGGCUUCCUCUAAGCCUGACCAGCCCAAGGCAGAAGGGGAAGUCAAGCGUCGCACCCAGUCCCUGAGGGUCAAGGGCCUGGGCGGUCUGUUCCACCGGGUCAGCAUGAAGCACGGCGAAGCUCUGAAGGAGCCGGCCUUCCCCUGUGGCCCCCUGCAGGAGGACUCCCAGAGCGAGGCUGAGACCCUCGAGGGCCCCAACGGCCCCGCAGAGGAAGAGCCCCCGCGUCGGCAGAGGCCCCUGUCGGCCAUCGAGGUCUUCCAGCAUGUGGACAGUCGGCUACCUAGCUGCCCGCCGUCGUACCAGCAGGCGCUGCUCAACUCCGCCCAGCCGGCGCCGCCGCAGUACCGCCGGGCCAUGACCGUCCAGGCUGCCCGCGAGCUGGGCCGCAAGAGGCGACCCAUCUCCAUGAAUGAAUCCCUGCUCGAUUUCUCCUCAUCGUGCCGCGUCGGCCACCUCUCGAACUGCCUCCCGACACGGCCUGAGCUAAGCGAUUCCACCGCGCCCGAGCCAGCCCAGGCGUUCCGAGCGAGGGCCAUGUCGGAAUCUGUGUCCCGGUCACGCCAAGACACUGUGGCACGGCGCUGCAGCCAACCGGUGUUUGAGGAACUUACUUAUGCUAAGGAGUCUUAUGUCUAAGCAGGAGUCUUAUGUCUAAACAUGAAGCAUAUGUUUAGACAUAAGUAUUAUGUGUAAGCUUGUCACUGAACAAGGACACUAUUUCUCCCUCUUUGGAUGUGUACAGUGUGCCACUUUCAGGUUGAACCUUCUGAAGUAGUACUGUUUAGAGUACAUAUUCUAUAGAGUUUAACACAUUAAAGCUAUUUAAAUAUGCUAAUAUAAAUUCUUUAUAAGGUUCCAGCCCAGAAGCUAUGUAUAUAAGUGUGAAAGUAGGAUGCAGAGUAUAUUUUCUUGUUAAUACCUACUACUAUAAUAUGAUACUUGUCCAGUCGAUAUAUGUCUUCAAAACUUUUUGAAUGUUUAUAUUUGUCCUAUCACCCUUGCCUUGUUACCUGUUGUUGAGUCAUGUACAGCACAACUGUAAAUUAGCUUAAGUACUCAAAUGCCUUUUUAUUAACUACAGUGUCUUCCUUCUCACUACAAUAAAGCACCUUCUUUAUGGCA